CUCACUGUUGUUAGCGCCUAAGUGCAUUCACUCAACACAGAAUUGAUUCUCAGAAAAGCGGAACAUGUGACAGAGAAAAUAAGGAGAUUGGUCUUCGAAAACUCAAUUUAUCCUCCUCCCUGUGUUGUUUCCAUUUGCACAUCUACCAUCCAGACUUCUGUUCAACCCUUCCACCUCACCUAAACCUGAGGCAUCAUGCAUCAUCCAAGCCCCAUGAGCAGCGAGCUGGGCUUGUUGCCUGCCGUGUACUCAUUUCCUGGCCUUAUCAACGUCACUGAAAUGGGGUUCAAUAUUGGCCCUGCAAAUACCUUUCAAAACCUGCCAGGAGUGUCACCCCCAAACACGAGUUGGGAGAGAAGAUGCCUGAGAAAGCACAGGAGGAGAGCAGAUGACGAAGGAUGCAGUGCCAAAAAGAGGAGGCUGAUGGAAGAGGCAGGAUGUGAUCCUUUGGAUGACCUCAGCCCCAAAGUGUUUCAUAACUGGCCACCAGGCAAUAGCAGCCCCCCUCUACCUGAAUCGUCUAGCCAAGCCCUCCCCCAACCCUAUCUGGGGACUCAGGACCUGGGGCUGCCCUUAUCCGGAUCUUCCUCCACUAUGGCCUGUCCAGAAGCAGAAGGCUCCUGCAUGGAGGUGGAGGCGGCACAGAGGAGACUGCAGGAGAUUGAAGAGAGGAUCACACUGGAGGAUGACGAUGAGGACCUGGAUGUGGAGCCAGCACCCAGACGGCCCAUGCUGGUGAUGUCUGACAGUCUGCGGGAGGGGCUUCAGCGUGGCAUCAGUGACAUCCUCCCCCACACUGUGGCCCAGUCUGUGAGCCACUCCUGUAUGGAGCUGGUAGUAUGGCGCCCCCCAGAGCUUGCGCUGGCCCGGCGGCUGAAGGACUCCCUACAGAGGCAGAGGAAGCAGCAGACCACCAGCAGGCAACCCCCGAGCCCUAGUGUCCCUCCGAGUUCCCUCACCCCCACAAACACCCCAGGGGAGACGUACUCCCCUCUGUAUUGCAGCCCAGGGGCCGGGGCCCACGGCUCUGGAGAGGAGGACAUGGAGCUGUAGGGCCUGGGAGAACCAGCAUCAGUUAUGACCAGAGCAGCUACAGCUCUCAGCCUUGGUUCACUUUGUUGGCCCUCGAGAACCCAUGGAGAGGCAGAAACGACUGCAUAGACAGCUCAAAAGCUUCAUAGUGAUAUGCGUUCACAUGCUAUCAGAGUUAUCGGAAGCUCCUAGUUUCCAGUGAAAACUUUACUUGAACGACCCUCCAUGUCUGAAUUACAAGUGGGAAACCAUUUACCUUUUCAACCAAUCCAUUUUUGACACAUACAACCUUAUCAAUAUGGAUCUAGCUAGUUUAAUCAUAUUGUCAAUGUUAAGCAAGCUUGCUAACUUUAUUAUUAGCAGUCUUAGCUAGCUUAUCAAGCUAGCUAAAAUCUUAUUGAUUUGAAGAAUUGUUAAGACCUCAAAAGCACUUGAACACAAUCAUGUUGGAUUUCCCAUUUCCCACAAGCACGUGAAGCCACCAUAUUGAAUGUCCGCUUUGGUUCAAGACCAGACUGUUGGGCAGCAUGGCACGUGUAUGCCACUUCGCCAAAAGAGGGCAAGCAACCCCUUUCUUUGCAUUACAAUCAGAUAAUGCUGGAUUUGAGUCUUUACUAUGAUCCAAGAAAAGAUGCAAUGGGACAAAUUGUAACAAGGACCACAAAGCCACAGUAAUUUACAAAAGACACCUUUGAAAGCUGCAAUAUGUAACUUUUGGGCGACCCGUCAAAAUUCACAUAGAAAUGUGAGUUAUAGAUAUGUCAUUCU